AUGAGCAUGGCGGAGCGGUGGAACCUCGCCGGCGCCACGGCUCUCGUCACCGGCGGCAGCAAGGGCAUUGGGUUCGCGAUCGUGGAGGAGCUCGCCGGGUUCGGCGCCAGGGUGCACACGUGCUCACGCAAUGCGGCGGAGCUGGAGGAGUGUGCCGCCGGCGGUGGGGAAAAGGGGCUGCAGGUCACCGUCUCCGUCUGCGACGUGUCCGUGCGCGCCGACCGCGAGGACCUCAUGGCCACCGUGGGCGCCACCUUCGGCGGUAAGCUCGACAUCCUCGUGAACAACGCGGGGCACUCGCGCACCCGCUCCCUGCGGGCCAGCGGCGGUGGCGGCAGCGUCGUGCACAUCUCCUCCAUCGCUGGCUUCAUUGGGCUCCCGGCACUCGCCGUCUACUCCAUGUCCAAAGGCGCCAUGAACCAGCUCACACGCAGCCUCGCAGCCGAGUGGGCCGGCGACGGCAUCCGCGUCAACUGCGUCGCGCCGGGUGGCAUCAGAACUGACAUCAGCAGUGAUAAGACUAUAGACCCGGAGCUGGUGAAGAAGGAGAUGGCGCGGCUGCCCAUGGGGCGGAUCGGUGAGCCGGAGGAGGUGGCGUCCAUGGUGGCCUUCCUCUGCAUGCCGGCGGCGUCCUACAUGACUGGCCAAGUCAUCUGCAUCGACGGCGGCCGCACCAUAGCUUAG